UGAAGUUCCUCUCUGCCGAGGAGCGGGGCAAGCUGCUCUGAGAAUGAGCGUUUCGAUGUCUCCUGCUCCGGGUUUUCGGGUCCAUUCCCAAGAAUCCCGAGUUGCCUCAUUUUGAGCAACGCACCUUACUGGCUGCCGCCCUCUCCAGCCCUGUGGCUGAAGCAACAGUGGGAUUAACUUGCUGGUCCCAAGACUUCACGUUCAGGAAAGAAAUAUGGGAUGUAUAAAAUCCAAAAGAAAAGAGAAUCUUCAUGGAGAUGGGCUAGAUAUGAAGACCCAAUCAGUACGUAAAACUGAAAGAACUAUUUAUGUGAGGGAUCCAACAUCCAAUAAACAGCAAAGGCCAACAAAACCAGAUGCACUUUUACCAGGUCAGAGGUUCUGUACAGAACAGGAGAAGGAUCUUCGGGUCACUGUAGUAGCCUUAUAUGCUUACAAUGGUCUUCAUGAAGACGAUUUGUCCUUCAAGAAAGGAGAGAAAAUGACAGUUCUUGAGGAGCAUGGAGAAUGGUGGAAAGCUAAAUCCCUCUUGACCAAGAAGGAAGGCUUUAUCCCAAGCAACUAUGUUGCGAAGAUCAACACCUUAGAAACAGAAGAAUGGUUUUUUAAAGAUAUAACCAGGAAAGAUGCAGAAAGGCAACUUUUAGCACCAGGAAAUAGCCCUGGAGCUUUCCUUAUCAGAGAGAGUGAAACAUUAAAAGGUAGCUACUCUCUGUCCAUCAGGGACAUUGACAGUCAACAUGGCGAUGUUGUCAAGCACUACAAAAUCAGAAGUCUAGACAAUGGAGGAUAUUACAUCUCCCCAAGAAUUACCUUUCCCUCCAUCGGUGACAUGAUCAAACAUUAUCAAAAACAGGCAGAUGGUUUAUGUCGAAAGCUGGAGAAAGCAUGCAUUAGUCCCAAACCACAGAAACCAUGGGACAAGGAUGCCUGGGAGAUCCCUCGGGACUCAAUUAAAUUAGUCAAAAAGCUUGAUGCAGGUCAAUUUGGAGAAGUCUGGAUGGGUUACUACAAUAACAAUACCAAAGUUGCAGUUAAAACUCUAAAGCCUGGUACUAUGUCUGUGCAAGCUUUCAUGGAAGAAGCCAAUCUUAUGAAAUCACUUCAGCAUGACAAGCUGGUUAGAUUGUAUGCUGUCGUCACCAAAGAAGAACCUAUUUAUAUAAUAACAGAGUUUGUUACAAGAGGUAGCUUGCUGAAUUUUCUGAAGAGUACAGAGGGCGGGAAAUUACUGCUGCCAAAGCUUAUUGACUUUUCAGCUCAGAUUGCAGAGGGCAUGGCAUAUAUAGAAAGGAAAAACUACAUACAUCGGGAUCUGAGAGCAGCUAAUGUUCUCGUCUCAGAAUUACUAAUGUGCAAAAUUGCUGAUUUUGGACUAGCCAGAGUGAUUGAAGAUAAUGAAUAUACAGCCAGGGAAGGUGCAAAAUUCCCUAUCAAAUGGACAGCACCAGAAGCCAUUAACUAUGGUUUAUUUACUAUAAAAUCUGACGUGUGGUCCUUUGGAGUUCUUCUAUAUGAAAUCAUUACAUAUGGAAAAAUUCCUUAUCCAGGAAUGAGUAAUUCUGAUGUAAUGGUAGCUCUUCAGCGGGGUUACCGUAUGCCACGCAUGGAUGGCUGCCCAAUUGAGCUCUAUGACAUCAUGAAAACUUGCUGGAAAGAUAAAGCAGAAGAGAGACCAACAUUUGAAUAUUUACAGAGCGUGCUUGAUGACUUCUAUACAGCUACAGAAGGACAAUACCAGCAGCAGCCAUAAGAAAAAGAAGCUUCUGUGCUCCAUUGACAGUCUUUGGAUAAUAUGGUUUAAGACAGUUAUUUUGGAUAUAUUGGAAUACCUUUAUCACUUGUGGUUCCUGAAACUAAAAACUGCAGUUCAGCUGGAAGAAGAUGAGCACUGUAAAUUAUCAUCCUGCUUACAGUUAAAGUCCACUAUUAAUGCUUCCUUUGUGUUUUUCUUAAAUAAACAUCCAGAUGAGAUGAGCUUUGACUCGGAAGACAAAAGGGAAAGACAGUCACACCGGUGUCAAACACAAGAAAGGAAUAACUGCAAACACAAUGAACAAAUGCAAGUUCAUGAUGGUAAUCAGAACUUGGAACAAAUGGUACAGCUAUAUUGUUCAUCAUUAAAAGGCCACUGUUUGGGCCAAAUCUGAUCUUACACAGGAAGCAUCUGAAUGUUCUCCUGGCAGAAUGUGUGUCUUAACUGAACAGAAGCUUCAAGGGUUACACUGGGAGUAGAAGAGCAGUAAGAAGGGACAUGAGAGGGGUAACACCAGCUCCGGAACUUCUUUCCUCCUGCUGUUUGUCUACUUAAAAUUCCUACCUAAAGUUUUAGAGCUGUGUGAGAAAAUAUAUGGAUCUUUUUACUUCUGCAGGGAGAAGAUCAGCUGAGGUUUGCCUGCGGGUUAUCAUGAUUUAAAGCACGGAAAUAGCUGUGGUAUCAUUCCCCCUAAAUUCCAGAACAGUUCCCUAUUCAAAGGUUCAGUGUAUGGAAUGUGAAAUACAUGUUAUAACUAAUAUAAGACAUUUCAUGUGGCAUGUAUGUAGAAGAGUUUAAACUCACUUUGAAAAAAAAGUAAAUGGUAAAAUCCUUUAUACUGAUGGGUUUCAUAAAACUGUUCUACCAGAGACAUUUAAAAAAAUACUUAUAUUUGAUUAACAGUAUCUAAGAAGCUGCUUUUACUGUACAGCAGCUUUGGAGUUAUUACUGUUUUCAUUCUUAACUCUUUGUUGCUGUUUUUCCCCCAAAUGUAGUGUUACAAAAGGCACAACUAAAAUGUAAAUUAAAUCUCAGGAAAUACAGCUUGCUGUUUGUACAGUCAAAGAGUCUGAUAUAUUUGCACACAUAGGCUUGGAACCAGAAGCUUGUAUUCCCAGCCUCUUCCUUCCCACUGUAGUCUGAUAUGCUGCUCCUAGAGAAUUGCCGAUUCCUGGCUACAACAUUAAAGUGGAGUCAGGGAGGAGGGAAUUUACUGGGUGUAAUAUUUGACAGGAUCCAACCCAUUAUCUAGAAUGGUAACAAUUGCACAUGAGAAAGCAUAUUAGAAGUCUUCAGGGGUACAAGUUUGGGAUCAAGUCAGAAACUGGAUGAGAGUUAACUGUGGUAAUUGUUAUACCGUGCCUCUAUUUUUUACUCCAUUGGACUGGGUUUUUUUAUCAUGAUAAUAAUGGGAAGACAAUAGUUUUAAGGAAAUGCUUAUUCACAAGCUGGUUGCUAUAAGGAAUAUGAUUCUGUUCAGUUGCGUGAACACCAUUUUAAAUAUAUAUAUAUAUAUAUAUAUACAUACACACACACACACAUGCUAUUUACCAUUUUUGAAUGAAGGAAUCCAUUUGGCAGACUGAUAACCAGUAUGCCAACCUGUAAAUAUUUUUACAUGGCAUUGUGAUUUUAAUAAAUAAACAUCCUUGAAACUCUAAA